CCCUCGCCAUGAUCUGCCUUGAGAUGAUGACGAUCGACGAAGUGGAUGAGCCGGACAUCUUUUUCACUGAGCCAGAUCCAGAUCACCAAUGGGAUGGUUUCACAUCUCGUUUUCUUGAAGAUUUCAAGCCUCUUCGUUUGCUCGGGAAAGGUGCUUUUGGACUGGUCUUUGAAGCCCGCAAACGCAUCGAUCAAAAGGAUUACGCUGUUAAGCGCAUCAAAUUGCCGUCCAAUGAAGAGGCUAGAGCCAAAGUCAUGAGAGAAGUCACGGUACUGGCUGAGUUGAACCAUCGCAAUAUCGUUCGCUACUUUCACGCUUGGAGGGAAUUCCCACCACCCGGAUGGCAGGAAAUGCAGGACGCUACCGAAUUGGCCAAACUGGCGUCGUCGUCCGACGAUGAUGGCUAUCGGGGCGACAUUUUGAAUUCAAGUUCUACCGAUGAAAUGAUAGACACAAGUGAAUCACCACUACCGUCAUUUGCUUCGAUCUUCGGUGUUCCAAACCAGUCGCCAGCCCGACUCAACAAUCGCAGCUCUUCAUCCGCUGAUCUGACGACUCCGAAGAACACGCUGAAUAGGAACUGCAACAGGUACCUGUACAUCCAGAUGGAACUGUGCCGCAAGGAGAGUUUAGCCGAGUGGUUAAUGCCGAAGUCACGAAAACCGACACGCGACAUUCACCAAAUGUAUCGUGAAAUUCUCGAAGCAGUUGCCCAUCUUCAUUCAAAGGGUCUGAUCCAUCGUGAUCUGAAACCGUCCAACAUUUUCUUCGCCAUGGACGGGACGAUUAAAGUUGGCGAUUUGGGAUUAGUCAAAGACAUGAUGACGCACGACGACGUCCAGCAAAACGAAGAGACAUCAUCGGUUGUUGGCCAGGACCAGAAGUCAUUGUCGUGCAAGAACCACACGGACCAGAUCGGCACUCGGCUCUACAUGAGUCCCGAACAAGUGGCGUCGAAACCCUACAAUCACAAAGUUGACGUUUACGCCUUGGCCAUAAUCCUGUUUGAACUGUUGGUCGAGUUCUCUACCGGUGCGGAGCGUGCCCGCGUCAUACUUGAUUUGAAAACAUCGUUCCAGUUCCCGCCGAACUUCAAAAGUCAAUACGGCAACGCAAUGGAGCAAUUGCUUAUCGAUAUGCUAUCAGCCAAUCCAAACAGACGACCAGAAGUCAAAGACAUUCUUUUACGUCCAUGCAUUAGAGCCAAUUUAGAGACGACGAGUAGGAAAGCCAAAAUCACGCCGAUCAAAACGAACCAAACGGUGAACGCGCUAGCCAAGAAAAAAUAUUACAAGUUGCUGGUGAUUGGAGACCAAAACACGGGCAAGACGUCCAUCAUUCAUCGCUACGUUCACGGUGUGUUCCGCGACAGAUACCAGGUGACGAUUGGGGCAGGUAUUAAUCUCAAAGAAAUCAAGUGGAACGGCACGGAUGCGUUGACGUUGGAAUUCGUCGACAUAGGAGGUGAAGAGAGAAGUCGGUUAAUGACGAGCGCCUUCUACAGGAAAGCUGUCGGCGCCUUCGUCGUAACGGACGUGACCCAACCCAAUGGUUUCGAGGCAGCCACCUUAUGGAAGAAAGACCUGGACACGAAAUUGAGGAUGCACGAUGACAGUCUCGUGCCUUCUGUUCUCUUAAUUAACAAGUGCGAUGGAGAAACGGAAAACGGAAAUCUUCCGAACAAAGAAGUGGAUACAGUCAAGGUAGAUCGCUAUUGUCGCCAACACAAGUUCAGCGGCUGGUUCGACACGUCGGCCAAGAACGACAUCAACAUUGAAGAAGCUGUCCAGUUCCUCGUUGGCAAGGUGCUCGCUAGCGAGACGAACGAAACGCAAGUGACCAGUCAUGACGACAGCCUCAACAUUUCCUCAGCUCCUUUCAACAUCCGCAGCUGUUGCUGAUUGAUACUGUGUAUUGGUAGAUAGACGUCGAUAAUCGUAAUGAUAUAUUU